UUCUGGGUUUAUUUCUCUUCGCUCCGUCCUGCUGGUUCUGAUCCGGUUCUGUCGGGUCCAUCUCAGUCUGUCCGGCGGUUCGGACAGCCGGGUCGGGUUCCUCCGGGUCGGAGAGGAAUCGUUCAGGAAGGAAGUUUGGUUCGUAAAUCCUGAUUCCGUCCGCAGAGACGAACCGAACCGAACCGAACCUCCGGGAUGCUGUCAGCGAAUCCCAGACUUUCUUCGUGAUCCCGGAUCCGGAUCUUCUCUGAGGAACGAGAUUAUUUCAGAUUUUAUUCUGGAUUUCCUUCUGGAUCCAACAGAAAAGUUCUGGUUCCUGAUUGGAUCACUGAGGAGCAACAAGGAAAAGUUCUGCUGAGGCUCCUGGGAACUGGACCGGCCCGGUUCUGAAGAUCGUCUCCAGGAAGUGAAGAUCCAGGAUUUCCUUCCACCAGGAAAACUUUUUGUCUUCAGUGUCGUUUUGUUUUUUCUACUGUAACGAAGCCAAACUGAGGAUCCAGGAAACCGACGGAUCAGGAUCAUGUUGGAGAGCUGCAGGUUUCAGGAAACAACUUCCUGAUCCAAACCAGGAAAAUCUGGAAAUGAAACGGAUUCAGGAAAAAGUUCAGCUUCCAGCCGGACGAUGGACAGUUUCUACCAAACAGGCUGAACUUUGUUUUCUUGGGUUUCAAAGCAAAUUUUACAAUAAACCUGAAAUAUUUGAUUGAAAUUAACAGCAGAAGUUAAGAAAGACAAACAGGAAAAUCCUGGAUAUGGAGGAUUUUCAUGAUGAAAAUCAUCUGGAGAUGAAAAAUGGAGAAUUAAAAUCUGACGAUAUGCAGACGACAACGUUGUUAAUAUCAAAGCUCAGAAAACUUAAUCUGAGUUUAUUAAUCUGAGCUCAUCUGGUUCAAUAAGGGAUCAGAAUUUCCUCUGAAGUCGGACGAGUGUUUGGUUUGUUUCCUGUGGUUGCCAUGGUUCCUGGAGCGCCGGGCGGUUCAGGCGGCGGUUCAGGCGGCGGUUCAGGCGGUGGUUCAGGCGGCGGUUCAGGCAGCGGUUCAGGCGGCGGUUCAGGCGGCGGUUCAGACGGUGGUUCAGGCGGCGGCGGUUCAGGCGGCGGUUCAGGCGGCGGUUCAGGCGGCGGACGCUGCCUGCUGCGCUGGCUGGCUCUGCGGCUCUGGUCCCGUCGGGGAACGCUGCUCUUCGCUCUGCUCUGGUUCGGAUCCUGGCUCUUCCUCAACGGCCUGGUUCUGGUCCACCGGACCAUCCUGUCCGACUUCUGCAGCGACGACAAGAGCAGGAGGAUCCUGCAGCGUCUGUGCCUGGACUUCAGCCGCGGCUCGCUGAGCGGAGAUCUGUGUGAGGAUCUGUGUGUCGGCGGCCUGGUAGAAUAUCAGCGCUGCCUUUACUACGAGAACGGAAAGAAGGUGAUGGAGGCCCGGUGGAGAGGGAACCGGGUCAUCCUCAAGUCCAAACUGGAGAACUUCUCCUCGUACGAACCGCUGGGCCUCCUGGACUACCAGGAAGCAGGAGACGAGCUGUCGGCGCUCGACGUGGUUUUUUACGCCACCCUGGAGGUGAGGAACUCUCUGGGUCUGGCUGAGGAUGAGGAGGGAGGAGGAAGGAACGGCUCCCUGUCCGGCCUGUUGGGUCAGAAGCUGAGAGAGAAAAGUUACUCCAGAGCCGAUCUGGGCUCACUGUGGGCGCUGCUGCAGCAGGAGGAGUACACCUUCCUCAGAGUUCUGCAGGUGAGUCCCCAUGUGGCCCGGGUUCUGGGCUCCUGCGGUCAUUUCUACGCCGUGGAGUUCCUGUCGGCCGGACACGCCUGGGACCAGAACCUGUUCUCUGUGGACGAGGCGCCGGGUGUCGGUCCGGGUCCCGGUCCGGGUCCCGGUCCGGGUCCCGGUUCUGGCCGGUGGAGCUCCAGGCUGGCGGCGCAUCGGAUCGCGCUGAGCUUCAUGGACAUGAUCCGACACUUUGACAACGACUUCACUCACAAGCUGCACCUGUGUGACGUCAAACCGGAGAACUUCGCCAUCAGGACGGACCUGACGGUGGUGGCCAUCGACGUGGACAUGGCGUUCUUCGAGCCCAAGAUGAGGGACAUCCUGGAGCAGAACUGCAGCAGCGACGACGACUGUAACUUCUUCGACUGCUGGUCCAGGUGUGAGCCGCAGCGGCGGCGCUGCAGCGCGCGGCGCAGGAACUCCAACCUGCAGGUGAUCUGUGAGAAAAUAUUCGCCUGGUUUUCUCCAACGCUCCUCGGAGCGAAGGCAGGACUCCCGCUUCAGGUGGAGCUGCAGCGAGCCGUGCAGGACUGCUCCGAGACCGACGGCGGCGCCGAGGACGAGGGCGGAGCCCGCCGGGUCCAUCGGCGCCUCCUCGCCGUCCUCAGGGCCCUGAUGCAGGAGGAAGUGGCUCCUGAGGACAGGAAGUGGACAAACAACGACCCGGAGCGCGUCCACCCGGAGCGCGUCCACCCGGAGCGCGUCCACCCGGAGCGCGUCCACCCGGAGCGCGUCCACCCGGAGCGCGUCCACGGAGCGCGUCCACCCGGAGCGCGUCCACCCGGAGCGCGUCCACCCGGAGCGCGUCCACACGGAGCGCGUCCACCCGGAGCGCGUCCACCCGGAGCGCGUCCACCCGGAGCGCGUCCACACGGAGCGCGUCCACCCGGAGCGCGUCCACCCGGAGCGCGUCCACCCGGAGCGCGUCCACCCGGAGCGCGUCCACCCACAGCGCGUCCACACGGAGCGCGUCCACCCGGAGCGCGUCCACCCGGAGCGCGUUCCACACGGAGCGCGUCCACCGCAGCGUCCACACGGAGCGCGUCCACCCGGAGCGCGUCCACCCGGAGCGCGUCCACACGGAGCGCGUCCACCCGCAGCGUCCACACGGAGCGCGUCCACCCGGAGCGCGUCCACACGGAGCGCGUCCACCCAGAGCGCGUCCACACGGCGCUGAACUUCUGA